GACGAGACAGCACGCCUGGAGGAGCGCAGGGGGAUUAUUGAGUUUCAUGUAAUUGGAAAUUCUUUGUCUCAGAAGUCUAACAAGAAGAUUCUCAUGUGGCUUGUUGGCUUGCAGAAUGUCUUUUCACAUCAACUUCCACGAAUGCCCAAGGAAUAUAUCACACGGCUCGUCUUUGACCCGAAACACAAGACUCUUGCACUUAUUAAAGAUGGCCGGGUUAUUGGUGGCAUCUGCUUUCGCAUGUUCCCCACUCAAGGUUUCACAGAGAUUGUGUUUUGUGCUGUUACGUCCAAUGAACAAGUCAAGGGAUAUGGCACACAUUUGAUGAACCAUUUAAAGGAGUACCAUAUUAAACACAACAUCCUUUACUUCCUCACAUAUGCAGAUGAAUAUGCUAUUGGCUAUUUCAAAAAGCAGGGUUUUUCCAAAGACAUCAAAGUCCCCAAAAGUCGCUACCUGGGUUAUAUCAAGGAUUACGAAGGUGCCACUCUGAUGGAAUGCGAACUAAAUCCUCGCAUCCCAUACACUGAGCUCUCCCACAUCAUAAAGAAGCAGAAGGAGAUCAUUAAGAAAUUGAUUGAACGCAGACAGGCGCAGAUCCGCAAAGUCUAUCCUGGCUUGACAUGUUUUAAGGAGGGUGUACGACAGAUCCCAGUAGAAUGUAUCCCAGGCAUAAGAGAAACUGGGUGGAAACCAUCUUGCAAGGAAAAGGGGAAGGAAAUUAAGGAUCCAGACCAGUUAUACAAUAUCCUGAAGAACCUGUUGGCACAGAUUAAGGCACACCCAAGCGCUUGGCCGUUCAUGGAACCAGUGAAAAAGUCAGAAGCCCCAGAUUACUAUGAAGUUAUUCGAUUCCCAAUUGAUCUGAAAACCAUGACAGAACGUCUGAAGAACAGAUAUUACGUGACCAAGAAGAUCUUCAUUGCUGACCUGCAGAGGAUUAUCACCAACUGCCGAGAAUACAACCCACCCGACAGUGAGUACUGCAAGUGUGCCAAUACCCUGGAAAAAUUCUUCUACUUCAAGCUGAAGGAAGGCGGACUGAUAGACAAAUAA